AUGGGUAGUGACGCGAGUAGACCGGACGGUGCCAACCUGCCCAAAGGCAAAAGUGAAUCCGAAUGGAGAACAGUCUUAAGUCCUGCUCAAUUCAAAGUUUUACGUGAAGCAGGAACCGAAAGAGCAUUCACACAUGAAUACGAAACAAACGAUAAAGCUGGUGUUUAUAAUUGUGCAGCAUGUGAAACACCUCUCUAUAAAUCCGCAACUAAAUUCAAAAGUGGUUGUGGUUGGCCUGCUUUCUUUGACGCAAUUCCAGGAGCAGUUAAGAGAAAUGUGGACAGAUCUUUGGGCAUGAAACGUGUCGAAAUUCGUUGCGCUGCCUGUGAUUCUCAUUUGGGUCACGUAUUCGAAGGUGAAGGAUUCCAAACACCGACUGACGAAAGACAUUGCGUCAAUGGUAUCUCUCUUCGUUUCAACGACGAGAAAGAUGGAAAGAUCUAG